AUGUACUACUUACUGUUGUUAUUCUUUUUAUUUUCUAAUAUUCACGCUGAUGUGUGUUUCGAAAUUGACACACAAAACAAUUGCAUUAAAGAUGGAGAACCUCAGUGUGAAGGUUCGGUUAUUAUUAGUUCAAAUUUUCCAAACACUAUAUGUGAAAAUGGGUUUAAAGGCAACACUAAGAUAACCAAUAUAACACUUCAAGGACUAAAUCCAUUGAAUGUAAAAAACUCUGCUUUUGAAGGUGCAACACAUUUAAACUCUGUUAUUUCUAAUGCUGGAAUUGCUUCACUUGGACAACUUUCAUUUAAGUGGUGUACUUCACUCACUUCUAUUGAUAUCUCUAAUGUUCUGAUAAUUCCAAAACAUUGUUUUGAAAGGUGCACUUCUUUACAACUGACAACAGACUUGUGUAAAGUUAUAAUUUUUGAAGACUUUGCCUUUGCUGAUAGUAAUGUUCAACGUCUUACCUUCGGAAAAGAACUACAAAAGAUUGGUGAUGGUGCCUUUCAGUGUACUCAAAUAGUCACUGUUACGUUACCAUCAGAUCCUCAAAUAAAAUUCGGCGGUGGAGUGUUUUCGGCAUGUGGUCUGUUAACUACUGUGGAUGUUGGAAGAACAACUGAAAUACCCGAUUACACGUUUUCUGCAUGUGUCAAUUUAACAACACUUUUGAACUCUGAAAGAGUCACUUCUUUUGGUGUUCAUGCUUUUUUGUGGUCCUCCUUGUCGUCAAUCAAAUUUGGUAAACACCUCAAAUUUCUUGGAAAAGAAGCAUUUUCGUUUACUUUACUGAAAACAGUUGAAUUACCAAAUUCAGUAGAAGUGUUUGAAGAUGGUGUUUUUGAAGCUUGUGGAGAAAUCGAAAGUGUCACUGUCACAGACAAUAUUGAUAUACCACAAAUGACUUUUUCUGCUUGUACUAAACUGAAAAGAGUGGAUGGCUUUAACAAAAUAAAUUCAUUUGGAGGAUUCUCAUUUGCAAACACCAAAUUAAAAGAAAUUACAUUUGGAGAUCACGUGAAAAACAUUUCUAAAGAUGCAUUUCGACUAUUAGAAAUUGUAUCAGUCACUUUUGGUAACAAUCCAAUUGAACACUUUGGAAUAGGUGUUUUCGAGUGGAUUGCUUCCCUUGAGACUGUCAAUCUUGGGGGUCUUACUGCAAUACCAGAUUUGACAUUUAAAGGGUGUACAUCUUUAACAAAAGUUGUUAAUUUAGACAAAAUAACUUCUUUUGGAAUUUCGUGUUUUGAAAGUGUUCCUUUGACACAAAUAACAUUUUCAAAUGAUGUUACUCGAUUUGGAAAUUACGCAUUCAAAAAUGUUCAAAUCACUUCAUUGGCGUUACCUUCUGUACAAAUUAAAGACUUUGGAAAUGGCGUAUUUGAAAAUGUUAUUACGCUUGAAAGCUUGGAUUUGGGAGGAAAUAUUUUUAUUCCAGAUAACACAUUCAAAAAUUGUUCAAACCUUUCUCAUGUAAAGGGAGCACAAAAUGUUGUUUCAUUUGGAAACAGCUCCUUUGAAAAUACAAUAAUAUCUGAUGUUCAAUUUUCUGAAUUACUUGAAAAUAUUGGAGAUCAUGCGUUCAAAAACACAUUACUCUCUACAGUUAUACUUCCUAGGUUGCCGUUGAAUUCAUUUGGAAUUGGAACAUUUGAAAACAACAUAAAGUUAAAAAAUGUCAUUGUUGGAGGAACAACAAAACUUCCAAAAGACACUUUUAAAAAUUGUUUGGAACUCAAUGUAGUGUCAAAUCUCACUCAAGUAACUUCGUUUGGAGAAAGUUGUUUUGAAAAGACUUUGAUUACCAAUUUUGAAUAUGGAAAUUCUAUAACAGAAAUUGGUGAUUUUGCAUUUAAAGGAACACAAAUCAGUGUAGUCAAAUUACCAAAAAUUGUUAAAAUUGGAAAUGCAAUUUACGAAAACUGUGAAUCACUUGAAAACGUUGAUUUUGGUAAAAACACAAUAAUUCCACAUGAUACAUUUAAAGGUUGUAAAAGUUUAUUGUUACUCAAUGGUACAGAGUUUGUUUCUAAAAUUGAAAAGGGGGCUUUUACAAACACCAAAAAACUCGAGUCGAUUAAUAUGUAUAAUCUUCUAGUGUUCUUAGAAGAUCCUCUCGAUUCACAGAAAAAUUUAUUUUUCCAUGGAAGUGAGCAACCAAAAAUACUUCCAAAUAAUCCAUAUUUGAAUAUUAAUUUGAAGAUAUUUGUUACUGAAAAGUACACAAAUGACAAAUUUGGAAAUAACACGGUCACCAAAUUAAAUUGCACCAAAUCACAGUUUAUUGAUGUUUCAACAGACACACCAUCAUGCAAAAAUUGCAAAAACGACACUGCUACUUUAGAUGGAGAUAAUUAUUAUUGUGACAUAAACACGACCAAUUGUUUUCAAACUCUUGACAAUUGUCGAAUUUGCAUCAACGGGAAAUGUUUACAAUGUAAAGAUGAAUAUUAUUUAUUUACCCCAAACAACAUUUGUUUACUAGAAUGUCCAGAUGGUUAUUAUAACGGAAUGAUUUUCUGUGAGAAAUGUAAAACACAUUACAAGAUUCCAUGUGAAGACUAUGAAUGUGAGAGAUGUACAAAUAACGUUCUUUCAACAUUUGUUGUUAUGAGUCUUCUUUUAUUAUUAUUUACAAUAUAA